AUGUCCACCUCCGCAGCCGCAGCCCCAACCUACGAAAACCAACACGUGCACGCAGUCUACAACCAAAUCGCCGCGCACUUCUCCUCAACGCGGCACAAGCCGUGGCCCAUCAUCGAAAACUUCCUGCGCACGCUGCCCGCCGGCGCCAUCGGCCUCGACGUCGGCUGCGGCAACGGGAAAUACCUGUCCGUCAACCGCGACAUUUUCAUCGUCGCGUCGGACCGGUCGCGCAACUUGCUGGAAAUCGCGGGCAAGGAGGAGUCGCAUCGGCCGCAUGCGGUUGUGGAGGCGGAUGUGCUAGAGUUGCCGCAUCCGAGGGGGACGUUUGAUUUUGCGAUUUGUAUUGCUGUUGUGCAUCACUUGUCCACUGCGGAGAGGCGGGUGGAGGCGGUGAGGGGGAUUUUGGAAACGUUGAGGCCUGAGGGGAGGGCGCUGGUUUAUGUGUGGGCGCUGGAGCAGGGGGGUAGUCGAAGGGGGUGGACGGCGGACGACGAACAGGAUGUGAUGGUGCCGUGGGUUAUGCGGGGAUCGAAAAAGGCGGCGUCUGCUGAUGCAGAUGGGCCGGCCAACGGAGGGCAAGACAGGGUGUUUCAUCGGUACUACCAUCUCUACCGUGAAGGGGAAUUGAAUCAAGAUGUCACGGCCGCUGGAGGGGUCGUACUGGAUUCUGGAUAUGAGAAGGACAAUUGGUGGGUGGUUGCCGGGCGGCAGCUGACCUGA